UGCAAAAGGGGGAAAAGAAGGCUGUGGGUGCUGUGGAGACGGGGAGGGUCCAUCUUCAGGGCUUGAUGUGGAGUCCCACCGCUCAGUAAAAAGACAUAGCCAUGGCAGCUAAAAGUAGCAAACCCAAGCGUGGCAAAGGCAAAAGCUCCAAAAAGAAAGCAAAGAAGGUGGUGAAGGAAGUGGAUAUCCUCAGCCCAGCUGCCAUGCUCAAUGCUUACUACAUCUGUCACAAUGCCGCCGCCUGCCUGGAGUUCCGGGGCUUUCCCUGGCCUGGGUCCCCCAAAAAGAAGGGGAAGAAAAAAAGUAGCUGGGUGGCUGGAAAGCAAAGGACUUAGUGAAAACCAGGCUGCCCAGUGAAGAAGAGACUUUUUUGUGGAUUAGACUUGUACUGACCUCUCCAGUGGUUAGCUCAAAUAUUUUGCCAUAAUCACUGUUGUGUCUGUACAAAGACACUCUUAUAGCUCAAGCAUAGAGUGACAAAUGGUAAGUGACACUGUGCCAUUGUAAUUUCAGCUGUGGCCCUUCACCCUCCAGUUCUGUGUGGAAUAAAGCAUUGCGCCUCAGCAGUCUGAA